AUGUCUGCUCCCGGAGCUGGUCACGAGUUUGCUCCCCAGGAAGUCUCCUGGCAGAAGCGCGACAUUCUCUUGUUUGCCAACAGCAUUGGGUGCAAAGCUGAUGAACUUCACUUCCUUUAUGAACUUCACCCCAGAUUCGCGGUCUUUCCAACCUACCCGGUUAUCCUUCCUUUUAAGCUCACCGAUCAGGAAGUGAUUGACUUCUAUGCUCGGGCAGGCGGUGCCCCGAUUCCCGGAGCUCCCAAGCUCGACUACCGCCGUGUUGUGGAUGGUCAGCGGCGAAUCAUCGCUCUGAAGCCUCUCCCAACAUCCAGUGCCGGUCGGAAAUUCGAGCUGCGCAACAAGGUCGUUGGACUUUAUGACAAGGGCAAGGCCGGGACUGUGCUGGAGACAGAACAGUCGAUUGUCAACCAGGCCACUGGAGACAUCUAUACUAAGAUCCUGAGCAGCAGCUUUUUUGUCGGGCAGGGUGGCUGGGGAGGUCCAAAGGGCCCAAGCACGGUGAAUCACCCCCCUCCGGAGGGUAAAAGUCCUGACGCCACCCAUGUGAUUCAGACGACGCCAGAGACGGCUCUCUUAUAUCGGCUCAAUGGUGACUAUAACCCUCUCCAUGCAACUCCCGAGCCGGGUGCAAAGAUGGGUUUCGGUGGCACCAUCAUCCAUGGACUCUUCAGCUGGAACGCUGCAGCCCAUGGUGUAUUGAGAGAGAUUGGACAGAGCGAUCCAGAAAACCUGAAAGACUUCCAAGCGCGCUUUGCCUCUCCAGUAAAACCAGGCGACAAGCUUACUACUGAGAUCUGGCGGAUGGGCAGGCUGGAAGGCGGCGAUGAAGAGAUUCGUUUUAUCGUGAGAAACGACAAGGGCAAGGUGUUUUCAAAGGACGUCUUCAAGAAACUAGGACCAUUCUGGCUACGAGACAACUGUCAGUGUGACAAAUGUCAUCACCCUCAAACCCGACAACGGGAGGUAGACACGUUUGCGAUUCCUUCAGACAUAAUUAUCAAGAAGGUCAUCUAUGCACCGCAAGGUCUCAAAGUGGAAUUUUCGGAUGGACAUAUGGGGUUCUAUAAAUAUGCCUGGCUCAAAGCCAAUGGUACUAAAAAGCCGAAUAGUGUGCUUCGGGCCGACCAUACAGCCAAACCCAGGCCUUACCAUCCAUUCACGGGAACUGGGCCAUAUCCCACGGUUUUAUAUGACGAUGUUAUGCAGGACGACAAGGGAUUAUUGCAGUGGCUUGAUAAGAUUUAUAUCUACGGGUUUUGUUUCGUCAUAGGUGUUCCCGUGACGACUCGGGACACUGAGAAGCUUCUCGAGAGAAUCGCUUUCAUCAGGCCUACGCAUUAUGGGGGUUUCUGGGAUUUCACGUCUGAUAUGAGUUUUGGUGACUCUGCGUAUACAAGCGAAGGUCUCGGUGCACACACUGAUACUACAUACUUUACGGAUCCUGCGAGACUCCAAUUGUUCCACCUUUUGUCUCAUACGGACGGGAAAGGGGGCGCUAGCCUGCUAGUUGAUGGCUUUCGAGCAGCCGAAACGCUGCAGAAGGAGAAAAAAUCGCACUACGCCUCGCUAAUGCGCCAAAGCCAGCCUGCUCAUGCCAGUGGUAACGAGAAUGUCUGCAUACAACCUAUACACGAAUUUCCGGUGCUCGAACUUCACCCGCAAUUAGACCAGCUGUACCGGAUCCGUUGGAACAAUUAUGACAGAGCACCGAAGACGAAUUGGGGGAUCAAAGACUUGAAGCAGUGGUACACUGCGGCGCGACACUGGAACGAGAUUAUCAGCCGCGAGAAAUUCCAGAUCUGGACACAACUCGAACCGGGAACCGCUCUAAUCUUCGAUAAUUGGAGAAUGCUCCACGGACGUUCGAAAUUCACCGGAAAGCGGAGAAUGUGUGGUGGUUAUAUUAAUAACGACGAUUUCCUUUCUCAAUAUCGUCUUCUCAAGUUCGGCCGAGAACACGUCCUAAAUAAUCUCGGUAACUGGCAUGGUAAGGGCCACAAAGAAGGCAACCCGAACUUUCUGAUAUGA